GGCAGACGGACGCACAACACAACACGGCCUUUCGAAUUCGCAGAGCGUCGCGACGUCACGCGUCGACUCUCAUGUGCACGGUUUGUAUUCGCGGUGCGUCCGUACACAAAUUAAAAAGUUUGAUGCGGGGAAUCGGGGAGAUGUAAUUGAAUUUUUUUUCCUUUUUAUUUUGAGGGGGCCUAUUCGGAAGUUGUUGUUUUUAUUUUGCUGUGUUGUCGUCAUAUCGGAUCGUCGUGCCGGCAUCUGACCGGCCAAUUGAUGUUCAAACCGCUUCGACAGCGAUUGUCUGAGAAUUGACGAUUAAUUAUCUCGAAUGUGUUCUGUGCGUUCAUUGAUGAAGAUUGCUAGUGUUAAGUGUGUAAAAAGUUGUACAAUUGCGCGGUUAUUUUUGUAACUUGUUAUUCACGUGUUUAAAUGUAGUUAUUUUCAGUGUUCAGUGUUUUUGGCGUAUUAUCCCUGAUGAUAUCGAUGAGAUGUUCUGUUGGACUGACAUUGGGUUGCCCAAACAUCCUCAGCUGCUAUCAAUGGCUCCUUAUUAUGAAUGUGGUGUUUCAUCCGAUAUGCCAAGCACACAACCAUUUUCCAUUAGCUAACAGAUAUAAGCGGGAAGUGACAACAAUGCUUCCCGAAAUGCCCCAGGGCGACAUGAGUGCUGAUCCCACGCUACCGCUGACUGAUCCUUGUUAUCCAUUCGUGGACAUUUCGAAUCAUCAGUUCUUCAGCCCCGGAUAUCCAGCAGAUACGUACACAAACAACACCGAUUGCGUUGUCGUCAUUGAAGCUCCAGAGGGCCACUUGAUAAAAUUGGACUUUCGGGAUUGGUUCGCCAUCGAGGACAGUCCGGAGUGUAAAAAUGACUACCUAGAAGUGCGAGACGGUCCACACGGUUACAACAACAAACUGGAGAGCUCGUCGUUCUGCGGCACCAAAUUUCCCCCGAUGCUCACCUCCUCCGACCGUCACCUGUGGAUUCGUUUCCACUCCGACGAGAACAUCGAGUACAAGGGUUUCAAGGCUGUCUUCGAAUAUAUACCCAGACCACCCUCCUUGAAGACCCCCGAGAUAAUGCCUUGCAGGAUGGACAUGACCGAUUUGGAUGAGGGUCACCUGGGCAAGCCGGAUAUACCGGUGGACAUAUUAGAUUACGUGGGGAAACACAGCAUGCCCAUCGACUGCAUAUGGGCCAUAACCGUUAGAGAACACUGGCGGAUUCAGCUUCAGUUCGAGCAGUUCAGCUUGGAAAAGCCCAACGACUGCGAGAGCAAUUUCGUGGAGGUGUUUUCAGACAGGACUGAUAUGCCCUCGCGCGAGAAACAAUUUUGCGGCUCGAUCGCCGACACCGUGCUCUCCAAACACAACGUCAUGUUUGUGCGGUUCUUUUCCGAGAAAAAGGAGUCCAAGUCCACGUUUGUGGCCAACUUUACCGCUUAUAGGGACAACGAGAAGAAUUCUGUUUUCUACAAGCAGGGGUGUCACGACGACGAGUUUGAUUGCGAGGACACCACCUGCAUAUCGGCAACGUUGAAAUGCAACGGGCGUUACAACUGUCGAUUCAGGUGGGACGAGGAUGAAUGCCAGAGCGCAAAAUCAUUGGCAUUUACAGACGACCACAUCAUUAUAAUCAUGGUUAUUUUUUCGUUGAUACUGACUGGAAUGUGUGUGACUUUCAUAUACAAUUGUAUUAAGAAGUUAAUUAGGGACCACCACACAAUUCAGGAGUACAUUCGCCAGAGCAGAGAGCACCAGCUCAACGAGCUGGACAAGCAAGAUCCCGCAGACAAGAAGCCACUGAAGGAGGGCAGCCGUUCCCGGUCACAGAGUUCACCGUCCCUGGAUUCGGAGAGGUUCGACGCCGCAAAUUCCGUCAACACGCCGUGCUAUGUUCCCGGCGGCGAAAUCCUGCCGAUACUCAUCAGGAACGAACACAGCAUGAGUCCAUCCAACGGGGACGCGUACAACACCAACAUAUACACGGUGGACAGCGAGAAUGUGCCCGAGAUGUGCGACAGCGCCUGCCAAACUCGUGAGAGCCUCUUCAACACUCAAGGAUACAACUCGGGCAACAGCACGCCGAAUCACAGCGUGCACACGAACUCGCCGCCAGCGCCUUUCAGCACGUUCGGCUACAAGAAGGAGGGCAAAUUCAAAGCGGAGGCGAAGAUCGAAAUGACGCCGCACAAGAACAAGUACAGUGAGGACGGGCGGCGGCCGUACAGCGUCCAGACGACGAAAUCGGCGCCGGACGUGAUCGUCACACACUGACAGUUGUCGUCGGCCGAGUGGGAGCCGUACAAACGGCGCCACCCCCGGCACUACCUGAGGACGACGCUGCGACCGGUCCAAAACGUCGAGACUCAACCCGAUCCCCCGGUUUUCUCGUGAUAUUGCGGUUUAGCCAGUUGCGUUGUGUCCGGUGUUUUCAGGUUUUCUCUUGUGUUACAUAGCCCCCCACCCUUGCUCUCAUCCUCCGAGAUCAUUAUCUUUGUUUCUGCAGGUUAUCAACGUUCUAUGAGACAGUAAUAAUAUACUCAGAGGAUGAAACGACAAUCCGUUUAGUUACCACAAAGAAAAUUCCUUCAUUUUAAUAAUGCAUAAUUUCAAAUAUGUGCUCUGUUUUUAGCUAUAAAUUGACAUGUAGGUUUCCUGGAUUAAUGAAUUAGCAAAAAUCAUGUUAUCUUUGUGGCAACGUUUUAGUUAAUUAAUUAAAUCAAUUUUAUCCAAUAAACAAUUAACGCAAUUUAUUUAUUUUUUUAAUUGACACUCUUAAUCAAGUUUAUUGCGUAUUUUUGUUGUUGCAAAACUGUAUUGCAUCAAUUUUUAUUAUUUUGUUGGACCUACAAAAUUAUUAAUUUUAUGAUCUAGAUCGAAAUGAGACCCGAAUUUCGACAAUUUGUGUCAAUCUGACAAUUAAAUAAACAAUAAACAAAAUAUUCAAUAAAUUUAAUCACGAGUGCAUAUUAAUUUAUUGCAUAAUUGGAUGUGAUAAAGAUGAAGUAUGUUACGUUAUAUUUAAACAUAAAAUUUUAUAAGUGUUGGUCGUUUCCGCCUUGUUUCUAUUAAAAUUCACUCAUAAUUUAAGACUGAGAACGAAAAUCUUAGUUGUAAUUAAAAUGUACCUAAUAUGGAAACGCGAUCUGUUGGAAAUCUGUUGUCGUUCUAAAAGUUUUAUUGUUCUUCGAAAAUACAAUAUAACGGUAUUUCAAUUAUCUCGCAAACUUAAUCAAUAUUGUUAUGUACCACGAAAAAUAAAUAAAAAAAAUGUUAUUUAAAUUGAUUCAUUUCAAAGUUUCAAUUUUAAUUGUAUUUAACAGUUUUGAAUUCAUAUCACUCAUGGUGUCUGCCAUUUGGUAAAUUUAUUUUUAUCGCACCCAAGUCCACCACAAAUUCAUGUUAAUUGUAAAUUAAGUAUUAUACACAUUUUUAAUACAUGUUUUACAUAAAAAACAAUUUCAUAAGCAGUAUUGUAUACUGAACUUUUUCAUCGUAAGUUGAAAUGUAAAUAUAUAUCAAGAUAAUAAA